UACCGAAUGAUUUUAAAAUCCGAACAACGUUCGAAAGUGGGUGGGUGGGUCAGAAGGCUGUUCGAAUUAGAAAUCAUUUGAUCACUGCGCAUGCGCAGAUUUCUUUAUUGUCCAGUGGUGAUGAAAAAGCAGCUGACUCUCUUUGGUGUACGGAAGAGGAAGAGAGAGCCUUUCUUCCAACGCAGUGCAGAUGACAGUGAUUACACACGAGUGAUCGAAACUCUGUGGCAGCAAGAUGCUGGACAGCGCACUCGCAAGGACUUCUUCAAGUGGGCGCAAGGCCAAUGGCGUGACAAGUACUCGAAGGACAGGAAGGCAAGAGAUGAUGUGAUAGCCAAGAGCGUUGGAGUCCAACAGGGAAUGGACAAUGCGGACGAGAAGGCGGCGACGACUGGUUACUUCCGGCGAUUGGAUGAACCGGAACCGAAGCGUUCACACCUAUCUUGUCAUGGCCGUCAUGACCAGGUUAGUAUGGUCGCUUCGGUAUCCACAGAUGGCGACGACAUAGAGGUAGCUAGUGGAGGGCCCGAAGCAGAGUUCUUGAAUGCUAUUGGGAUUGACUCCUCUCAAUUGCUGACGGAAGAUGUUGUAGGCAGAUCAGAUUUUAUGGGCGUGUUACGUCAGUGCGCGAGACAGUGGCUGGCAUACAAACAGGUACAGGCGACAUAUGAAGCACACGCAAAGUGGCGUUGGGGACAUAGUCAGCUCAUUCGAGCAGAAGAUGAGCUGGUGACGGAAGAGAAGAAACUGAUGGCUGCAAUGUGUGAUGUUGCUCAGAGAAGAUGGAAGGACUAGCAGCUCUGUCUGCGAGGCUGCUAAAGUUUCCAGGCUGCUGAAGAAAGAAGAAGGGAACAUGCUGACUCUAUAGUCUAUUAAACUGUUUAGUAGAGUACACGAUGUGAUUUUGUUCGAUAAAUAGAAGUGGGUACAGCGUAUAAUAGCUGCGAGGAGAAAUUGUUUCAUGACUAUGGACAGCUGUUAGGAUUAGGUAGGUGGGUGGGUGGGUAAGAAGAAAUUCUAACGUUGUUCGGAUUUUAAAAUCAUUCGGUAACUACGGA